UACAGUUGCUGUGGGCUGGACACGAACAGGAUCCUGGUGAUGCCUGGGGGGAUGUCAGGGGGGUUUGGGGACCACCCUGGGCUGGGAGAGACAGGAAGGGACAGCGACAGCUCUGGGAUCUCCUGCGGGCUCAGCCCUGGGUGGGAGGAUCAGUCCCACAACCACGGGGCACCGAGGAGGAGAAGGAGGAAAAGAAAGAGGAGGAAGAGGAGGAGGGAGUCAGUGUGGCCCCGGACUGGGAUCUGACCCCCCUCCCUGAUCCCUGUGCAGCAUCACCAGGAGGAGCCGCCGUGUCCCUGUGCCCAGCUCCAACCAGGCCAUGAAGACAGAGAAGGACGAGCCCGUGGCCACCUUCUCCCUGCGGGGCAAAUUCGGCAUGGAGGGGGCAGGCUGCAGUGCCCCGGCCCUGCCCGGUGCCCCGAUGCCGCUGGCGGGGAGCGGAGGGACCCCGGCCCCGGAGCUGCGGCCGCUGAAGCGCAGACCUGUCCCAGGGAAACAUUACCAGUGCUCGAGCUACGGCUGCAAGCUGGCCUUCCCCAGCAUGCAGGAGCUGAUGGACCACCUGAAGGUGCACUACAGACCCACGCAGUCCCUCGAGGGCAAAACCUUCCGCUGCCCCACCCUGGGCUGCACCGAGACCUUCCCCAGCAUGCAGGACCUCAUGGCCCACAUGAAGGUGCACUACAAACCCAACCGCUACUUCAAGUGUGAGAACUGCCUGCUGCGCUUCCGCACGCACCGCUCGCUCUUCAAGCACCUGCACGUCUGCUCCGACAGCGCCGGGGGCUCCGCGCCGCCCCCCCGGCCCGACCGGCCCGUCCUGCCGCCCGCCGCCCCGGAGAAGGAGCCCCCGGCCAAGCCGGCCGAGGGGCUGCCCCGGCUGCCGAGCGCUCCGCGGCCGCUGCAGAAGGAAUCGCCGGCGGCGGGCGCGGACUCUGCCGCGGCCGCGCUGCCCUCGGCGCUGCCCGGCUCGCUGGAGCCGCUGCCGCUGGUGUCGCCGGCUCCUCACCCCUUCCCGCUGCUGGAGCCCGGCCUCUUCGGGCCCUCGUCCUUGCCUCGCUUCUCGGGGCCGCCACCCCCGUCCUCGGUGCCGUUCCUGUCCUACGUGCCCCCCUCGCCCUACGGGCUGGCGCAGCCCCCGGCUCAGCACCGCCUGCGGCCCUUCCUGCCGGGCCACGGCCCCCCCAGCGUCUCCAACGCCGUCUGGAAGAAAAGCCAAGGUGUGAGUGUCAGCCCACUCCUCCCAUGCUUUGGCUCAGGAGUGACUCCAGGGCACUCCUCCAACAGCCGCAUCGUCUGGGAGCACACGCGGGGCCGCUACAGCUGCACGCAGUGCCCCUUCUCCACCGCCUCCCGCCAGGAGAUGACCCUGCACAUCGAGGACCACCGCAAGAACCCCCCGCCCGGCCGCCUGGAGGCCGACAUGGAUUUCGGGGUGGGCCUCGCCCCGUUCCACGCCAAGCUGCCGCCGGAGGUGGAGAACUCCCUGUACUCCCAGCUUUGAUGCCCUCGGCUCCCAAGGGACUCUCCUGGCGUGCCCUGAGCCGGGCAGGGGGCACAGCACAGCCCCUGCACUGUGCAGGGACAGGCAGCCCUCCCUGGGGACAGGAGCAGCCAGCGGGGCCGAUGUUUCCCCUGGAAUUUCUCCCCUUCCUUUCCAUUUUUGGGGACUCUCCAGCAGCCGGAACCUCUGUAUCUCCCUCCCCUAAAGGUUUUGUUGCUUCAGCCCCGGGGGCUCUGCGGGGAGCCCGGUAGGUUCUCAGGAGGUAGUGGACUUCUCUGGAAUGAGAUCUUGGAAAAAUAAAUGGGAAUUGUACAGGA